AUGGCCGGUAUACAUGCCCAAAUCGACAAUGGAGCGAUUGCUUCUUAUGUCUCCAAUGUAUGUCCACUCGGGACGACUUUCCACCUGAUAGAGGUAGGAUGGCUCGAGUGUGAUGAAGGAUUCGUUGUGCGGGGCGGCAACUCAAGUCUUCGGUCGACUCGCGACGUGUCAUUUGUUAACAAGCGUCGUGAGCUCGUGCUAUACUGCGUGCUGAUUGACCACCCGCAUGAGGGUCUCAUCUUGUGGGAGACGGGUUGCGGUAAGGACUACCCAGAGAUAUGGGGCCCAGCAGCCUCUGAUGUCUUUGCGCGAGUGCGCUACGAACCCAAGCAUGAAUUAGCGACUGCAAUUCAGGCUACGGGCCACAACAUCAAGGAUGUCAAGAAGAUUAUCAUGGGACAUUUACACCUAGAUCAUGCAGGUGGGCUUGAUCAGUUCUUGGACAGAAAGGACGUGGAGAUCUGGGUGCACGAGGAAGAGCUCAAAUCCGCAUUUUGGUCAGUAGCAACAGGCGCGGAUGAAGGUGUGUACCUAGGUCACUACCUCAACCCCAAUCUGAACUGGAAAACGUUUGAUGAGCAGACUCUGGACUUUUGUCAAGGCAUCACCCUUCACCAUCUUCCUGGCCACACAGCCGGGCUGGUGGGAAUGCAAAUCAAUAUGCAAAAAACGGGCACAUUCUUUUUUGUCAGUGACCAUUGUCACGUUAUUGAGAAUUGGCGGGAUGGAAUUCCGCAAGGCUGGCUGGCAAGAGAUCACGCUGCAUGGUCUAGAACUACGGCGCCGCGCGAACUCGUUCUGUGGCCUAGCAUCUCGUCCUCCGCUGUGUCUCCAAAGCUCUUUUCGCUGCUGGCGAUGAAGAUGGGAGAAAUGCUGGCAUGA